CCUGGGCCCCAGGCGGCGGCGGCGGCGGCGGAGCAGCAGGACUUGCAGGCUAGCGGUCUGGCCGGGCGAGAUGAGCGGGCCCGGGGCAGCCGGCUCGGUGCGUGGGCUGCGGGUGGACGGGCUGCCCCCGCUGCCCAAGAGCCUGAGCGGACUGCUGCACUCGGCGUCGGGCGGCGGCGCGUCGGGGGGCUGGAGGCACCUGGAGCGGCUGUACGCGCAGAAGUCGCGCAUCCAGGACGAGCUGAGCCGCGGGGGCGCUGGCGGCGGCGGGGCGCGGGCCGCGGCGCUGCCCGCCAAGCCUCCCAAUCUGGACGCCGCGCUGGCUCUGCUGCGCAAGGAGAUGGUUGGCCUCCGACAGCUGGACAUGUCCUUGCUCUGCCAGCUGUACAGCCUCUACGAGUCCAUCCAGGAAUACAAGGGAGCGUGCCAGGCAGCGUCCAGCCCAGACUGCACUUACGCUCUGGAGAACGGCUUCUUCGACGAGGAGGAGGAUUAUUUCCAGGAGCAGAACUCCCUGCACGACAGGAGGGAGCGAAGACCCCUGAGGGACCCCUCACCGCCUGUGUCCCCGCUCUGCAGCGCCGACUGGAUCCUGGAAUCCAUCUAAAGGACCCAGGAGGGAGGCGACUGUCAGCGUGUGCUUCUCCUCUCUCCUCCCCUACUGCGGGCGGCCCCCGGGCCCGCGGGACCAGUGCUGCCAAUUUAGUUUGGGAGCUCUGCCUGGGCGCGGGGCCUCGGGCCGUUUCGGGGGCCACUUUCUACUGAGGUGACCUGGAGGUGUUCAGCAAUCUCCUCACAGCCUGGUCCUGAGGCCCUGCGGCCAAGGAUUUGUACUGAGAGCAUGAUGAGAGGGUCCCUGGAGAAGACCUUCUCGGGUAUUUUGUGCGAGAUGAGAGGACCCGUGUGUAGCUGGCGGCCUUCUCACAGGUAGGGUUUGCCUCCAGUUUACAGUGUAAGGGAGUUAACACUUCCCUGCUGCCCUUCCUCGGUGUGUUCAACAGCCUUUCUUGCUGUUUCCUGAGCUCUGAAGCCACUGGGUUGAGCUGUAUUUAUUUGUAAGCUGCAUUACUCAUUGUCCAGGUGACUCAGUAAAAGCUUUUCACUGAAACAGUAAACAUUUCAGGUCAUGCCAAUCAAGAGAACUGUAUUCUCUUAACCUGUCAAAAAUGUUUGUAUCAUCGUUUGUCCAUCAGAUGUGGGAGGAAGGAAAAUAGUACAAAGAUACUUCAAGUGGGGAAAAAAACUGGAGCAAGCUGUGUUUUGUAUCACUCACAGUAAGGCAGUGAACGUUUCAGGUUUUAAAGAUCCUGAACGUCAGCUACUCUGUGAGAAAGCAAACUCUUCCACUCAAAUCGGUCGUCACCUUAAGCCUUACUGUAUUUAUUAAAAUCUUUUAUGCACACUU